AUGAGCAGCGACGUCUUGGUAAUACAAGACCUACCUCAGCCAGACGCAGAAAGCGGCCCGCACGCGCACUCAAUUACAGCAGUCACUUCACCCGACGAUGAAGUGCAAGUCGACCCCGAUGGCGACCUUAUCCUCCGCGCAGGCGCGCAGACCGGCCUGGCGGAGCGCUCGUUCCGCGUAUGCGCCAGCGCGCUGAGGAGGUCCAGCCCCGUGUGGAAGAAGAUGCUCUUUGGGCCGUUCAAGGAGUCGAAGCCGGCGUUCGGGGUGUGGCAGGUCAGUCUGCCGGAGGACAACCCCGUCGCGCUGGGAAUCCUGUUGCACAUCGUGCACGCGAACUUUCCGCUUGUGCCGCACAAGCCGAGCUUGGAGGAGUUGUAUGAUGUGUUCCGGCUCGCGAACAAGUACGACAUGAUUACGACGUUGAAACCGUGGGCGGCGGCGUGGCUGGAGGUCGCGGAGAGCUUUGCGGGGACGACGGAUGGGAGGGACAUGGCUGCGUUGGCGUAUAUUGCUUGGGAGCUGGGGCAAGUGGACUUGCAGCGGAAGAUGAUGAAGGAGUUGGUGAUGAACUGUGCGCUUGAUGGAGAGGGGCGAAUGAUUACCCAUGACGGAGUUGUGUUGGAUGAAUUUGACCCCAUUGGGCCGCCAGGGCUGCUCGGAUACAUGCGAAAACACCAGCAGGAAAUAUCCAAGGCUCUGCCGCUACACCUCAACUCUGUGCUUAGGGAGCUGGCACACGGCCCCGGGUGCUGCGUCUCGAAAACAACCGACUUGGACGCAAAGUCGAACUGCAACGACGUUAUCCUUGGCAGCUUACUGAGGGCGAUGGCGAAUGCAAGGGGUUCGGUCACCUUGACCCUUACAGUCGACGAAGGUGAAAGCGCUGCCAAGUUGUCGACUUCGAUUAAAGAAUAA